AUGGCCGAGGCCGCUCGCGGGGGCCGAGGAGCGUUUGCUUCCUGCAGAGCCCUGCGUGACGCCUUUCACAGUGUCGUACGUUUCCCCAACAUGUUUAGCCGCUACUGCUUAUCCGCCUGGGGGCCCCACGACGCCAUUUGGAAAGCCCUAGGAAUUGCGCCCCAUAUCCUGGGCGCCGUCACCAACAAAGAGCGCGAGCAAAAGCUGCGAGCCCUGCUUCGCGCGCUGGUAGAGGGGGGGGCAGACGUGACGGUCGCGGUUACUAAACUGAUUAUGCGAGUCAUCUCGAUUGGAAGUGUAAACUUGCUAUCAGACCUUCUGCAGCUGCUGGACUCAGAACCCGGGAAGGAUGAAAAAACUCGGGGGCAGCAGAGGGGCUUGAUGGUAAACCACGUCGCGUCCUGCUGCACUGCUCUGACCUGUGGCAGCUGCAUGCCGCAGUUUAACCAGGAAGUUGUACGGCUGCUGGUGCGCGCCAUCACAGUCACUGCAGGAGUGCCCAUCCAUAUGAACACCUUAACGAAGGCGCUUAGCAACGCCGCCUGCCGUGGUCGUGCAAGCGCUGUUGAGGGCUUGUUGGAAGCGUGUCCCUCGCCUGAAUGCAUCGAUGCGGCCCUGUACUUCACAUCAAAGACAAGACAUGGGGGUGUAAUGGGGCAGCUAAUCAAUGCGGGGGGCAAGGUCACUAAGCACGAGAUGCACAACGCCUUGUAUGGCGCAUACCCAGAAAUGGUUUGGCACAUGAUACAUGCGCUUAGGCGUGAUGGAGUUUGGAACCGCGAUCUAGCGUCUGAGGUGCUUAGUGAAGCAUGUACAAGCAGCAGCAGUCUCUAUGAGGCUCCGGACGCACAGUUGGUGCGGCGGGCUGCCACGCUCCGCAUGCUGGUUUCGGAGUUCGACGCAGAUCCCUCCGCUCGUGGCAGCGGCUGUCUGGCAGUGGCCUCUGCUCAGACGGCGCCAUUCGAUCGCCUGGCCGAGUUGAUGAUGCUCAUGGGUGCCGACAUUGAUGCGGCACUGCUCACGCUGUGCUCCUCAGCACCCGAGGAUGGGCCCCUGGCGAGAUGGCAGAAGGAUCGCCAUAGCCAUGGUGUGAGGGGUCUGUUGGCGCUGGGCGCUGAGACACCGGCUGGGGCGUCCCAAGCGGCUUGUGCUGCCCUGGAGCGGAACCUGCAGGAGCCCAUGCAGCUGCUGGUGGGAUCAGGGGCAGUACCUGCUGUGGACUGCGAGGCGCUGCUGUCGUGGGCUCUCGGGACUCCAUCUGCAGCUGCAGCUCCCCACGGGGCCGCUGCACAUGUGGGCCCAGCUGACGGGGCGGCCAUGGCGGGGCAGCGCCGGUGGGACUGCGUGCAGAUGCUGGUGCAAUCAGGAGCCGUAAGUCAUGGUGCGGUCCAGCGCGCGCUGCAGGAGGCCUGUCGGCGUGGUGACGUGGAGGCGGUUGGUGAGUUGGCUAGCCUGGGUGUAGGGGGACCAGAGAGCUGCAAUGCGGCCUUCUGGCUGGCCUUUGAGGGCCGCCACUACGGUUGCAUGCAGCGACUGCAGGCACUAGGGGCAGUGACAGCGGAGGUUUGGGAUGAGGCGGCCCGGGUUGAGGCAGCUCGGAAGAAACUGCGCCACGUGUAG